AGCUAUUCCCUCUCACCCUCUCUCUCUCUCUCUCUCUCUCUCUCUCUCUCUCUCUCUCUGUGCAGUCCAACAGUUGAAAGGUUACCGUGAGAAGAGAUGUCUGGAGUCUGGGUGUUCAAAAAUGGAGUUGUGCGGCUUGUGGAGAACCCUGCGAAUGAGCACUCCUCGACGGUUCGUCGGAAGGUAUUGCUCUACACUCCUGCCAAUGAGAUCAUCAACUCCUACGCCUCUCUCGAGCGCAAGCUCGCCAGUCUCGGGUGGGAGCGAUACUACGAAGACCCUGACCUCCUCCAGUUUCACAAGCGCUCAUCGAUCGACCUCAUCUCGCUCCCACGGGAUUUCAGCCAGUUCAAGUCCAUGCACAUGUAUGACAUCGUCGUCAAGAAUCGCGACUCCUUCCGAGUCAUCGACAUGUAGACUCCAUGACAGAAACGAUGGCCUUCCACUUUAACCCUUUGCAGGGUUAAAGAUAUUAUCGUUGGCGUGAGCUUGAGCUUUCCACCGGUUUUUCCUUGUCUCUUCUCUUGUUUGUCUCAUGUGCGAUCCUGUAAAAAUGGAAUUAUGGACUUCUUGCCACUAUAUAUAUAUUGUUGUAUUAGUUUUAACUUUGCGGCGAAACAUUGCAUGCAAAUAAUUAAGAUGA